UGCAGGAUGGGGGUGACAGUGCCCAGGACGCUGCUCCUUAUGCUGUCCUGGGCCCUGGCCCUGACCCAGACCUGGGCGGGCUCCCACUCCAUGAGGUAUUUCUACACCGCCGUGUCCCGGCCUGGCAGGGAGGCCCGCUUCAUCACUGUGGGCUACGUGGACGACACGCAGUUCGUGCGCUUCGACAGUGACACCGAGAAUCCCAGGGAGGAGCCGCGGGCGCCCUGGAUAGAGCAGGAGGGGCCGGAGUACUGGGAACGGAACACAUGGCUUUACAAGGAAGCCACACAGGUUUACCGAGUGGGCCUCAACACCCUGCUGGGCUACUACAACCAGAGCGUGGGCGGCUCUCACACCGUCCAGACGAUGUAUGGUUGCGACGUGGGGACAGACGGGCGCCUCCUCCGCGGUUACCGUCAGUACGCCUAUGAUGGCAAGGAUUACCUCGCCCUGAACGAGGACCUGCGUUCUUGGACCCCAGCAGACACGGCGGCUCAGAUCACCAAGAGGAAGUUGGAGGCGGCUGGUGUCGCAGAGCUCCGCAGGGCCUACCUGGAGGGCACCUGUGUGGAGUCGCUCACCAGGUACCUGAAGAAUGGGAAACAGACACUGCAGCGCUUAGACCCCCCGAAGACGCAUGUGACUCACCACCCUAGGCCUGAAGGGGAUGUCACCUUGAGGUGCUGGGCCCUGGGCUUCUACCCUAAGGAGAUCACCCUGACUUGGCAACGGGAUGGGGAGGACCAGACCCAGGACAUGGAACUUGUGGAGACCAGGCCUGCAGGGGAUGGAAACUUCCAGAAAUGGGCAGCUGUGGUGGUGCCUGCUGGAGAGGAGCAGAGAUACACCUGCCGUGUGCAUCAUGAGGGGCUGCCUGAGCCCCUCACCCUGAGAUGGGAGCCACCCCCUCAGUCCACCAUCGACAUCGUGGGAAUUGUUGCUGCUCUGAUUGUCCUUGUUGUCAUUGCAGCUGUGGUCCCUUUUGUCUUGUGGAAGAAGAAAAACACAGGUGUAAAUAAAGGGCCCUAUACUCCAGCUGCCUGUAAUGACAGUGCCCAGGGCUCUGAUGUGUCUCUCACUGCUGAGAAAGUGUGAGAUACUACCGUCUGUGGGACUGAGCAGUACAGGAUUUCUUCAGUUACUUCCUGCUCCCUACUGAGAUUUCAAGAGGUUCUUACUUCUCUGUGCAGCUGGCAUCUGUGUCUAUGUGUCUGUGUUCCUAUCAUCAUCACUGAGGAAUUGCAGAGAAGAGCACAUCCCUGACCACCAAGAUACCUCCCCAUACUGUCCUGUUCUCUUCCUCAAUCAACUUUCCUAUGUAGCAGAUGUGGGGCUGGGAUAUCUCCAUUUUUGAUGUAGCUUCAUGUUGCCCUGGGCUGUAGCUUCUUCCUUCCCUGUUGGAAAAUAGAAUCCGGAUAUUGAUUUGUAUUACAAUUUUACGCCACAAAAUAUGGUUGAUGGGUUAAUUAAAUGAAGAUUCCUAAAUUUCAAAGAGA